GAGCACCACGGCAGCACCGCGACAGAGUAGGGAUUGGUACUACCUACAUGAAAGUGCCAUGCAUUUUAAUAUGCCGUGUGUCUGGUGCAUCUAUGAAUACUUUUAUUACUCCCACCCUUUUUCUUGUCAAUGUAAACCCAAUGGACGUGCUCGAAUUUGUGGCUGGAGCUAACUAACUUAGCAUGAAAAACAAUCAAGUGUAGCCUGCCAGAAGUCCUGAAAUAGCCAGCAACCUUGGCUCUUCCAUUUUUUGCUUUCCUUCUUUCCCUCUUAGUGAAAUACAUAAGGCGUUGUUUCAAGAGCUAAACAAGGCGAAAGGCAGUAAGAACAGGGGGUAAGGGCCCGGAAUACCACAGAUCUCGUCGCCGGCUUCCGGGGAUUCGGGACGGCAUCAGGCAACUGCAGACGUCGCUCUUUAGGAAGGGCGAGCAUCAACAUUGUGGAAUAAUCUGGAUAGCCACGGCUAAAGUAAACUUGGGGAAAUGUCUAGGAAAGUCCAAAGAAGCGAAGUAUGUGCUGACUGCAGUGCGCCAGACCCGGGCUGGACCAGCAUUAACAGGGGGGUGCUGAUCUGCGAUGAGUGCUGCUCGGUGCACCGCAGCCUGGGCCGACACAUAUCCAUCGUCAAGCACCUGCGGCACAGUGGCUGGCCCCCUGCGCUGCUGCAGAUGGUGCAGACCCUGGCUAGUAACGGUGCUAACUCCAUUUGGGAGCACUCCCUGCUGGACCCCGCACAGGUGCAGAGCGGACGCAGGAAACCCAACCCACAAGACAAAGUCCAUCCCACAAAGUCAGAGUUCAUUCGCGCCAAGUACCAGAUGCUGGCAUUUGUCCAUAAGCUGCCGUGUCGUGACGAUGACGGAGUCACCACCAAGGACCUGAGCAAGCAACUGCACUCCAGCGUGAGGACGGGCAGCCUGGAGACGUGUCUACGGCUGCUGUCUCUCGGGGCGCAGGCCAACUUCUUCCACCCGGAGAAGGGCACCACCCCCCUGCACGUCGCUGCCAAGGCAGGGCAGGUGUUGCAGGCGGAGCUGCUGGUGGUGUACGGAGCAGACCCUGGAGCCCCAGACAUCAACGGUCGCACGCCUAUAGACUACGCCAGGCAGGCGGGUCAGGUGGAGCUGGCCGAGCGGCUGGUGGAGUGUCAGUACGAGCUCACCGACAGACUGGCCUUCUACCUGUGUGGCCGGCGCCCAGAUCACAAGAACGGGCAUUACAUCAUCCCACAGAUGGCUGACAGAGCUCGCCCUAAGUGCCCGACGCAGAGCUUGGAUCUCUCUGAGCUGGCCAAGGCUGCCAAGAAGAAGCUGCAAGCGCUGAGUAACCGGCUGUUUGAGGAGCUGGCCAUGGAUGUGUACGAUGAAGUGGACCGACGAGAGAAUGACGCUGUGUGGCUCACGACCCAGAACCACAGCACCCUGGUGACGGAGCGUAGCGCCGUCCCCUUCCUGCCAGUCAACCCAGAGUACUCCGCCACACGCAACCAGGGCCGUCAGAAGUUGGCGCGCUUCAACGCCCGCGAGUUCGCCACCCUUAUCAUCGACAUCCUGAGCGACGCCAAGAGGCGGCAGCAGGGCAAAGGUCUGAGCAGUCCCACCGAGGCCCUGGAGCUGGGCCAGACGGACGACGACCAGCAUGAUUACGACAGCGUAGCCUCAGACGAGGACACGGACAGCGAGCUGGCCACGCAGAACAACAGCAACACGCAGCGCAACAACCGUGCCAAGAGUAUGGACUCCUCAGAUCUGUCAGACGGGCCCAUCACUCUGCAGGAGUAUCUGGAGGUGAAGAAGGCGCUGGCCUCUUCUGAAGCCAAAGUCCAGCAGCUCAUGAAGGUCAACAACAACCUGAGCGAAGAGCUGCGCCGACUACAGAAGGAGAUCACGCGGAUGCAGACGGAGAACAGCGCGAUGCGGGGGGGUCCGGCCGGUGGGACGGCCAUGUCGGGAGCAGGGAGCGGCAGCGCGGGGCUCUGGUCAGGGGGGAUGAUGAGGACAGGCGGUGGGGGUGGAGGGGGAGGGGGGAUGGGUACAGCGGGCGGGGGGCGAGCAGGGGGCAUGGGGUUGAGCGGGGAGGUUGGCCCCACGGCACCCACCACCACUGCCGGGCCCCUCCGAAGGGACCGGCAGGCCUUCUCCAUGUACGAGCCCGGCGCCGCCGCUCCCAAGUCCCACACCACCGGGCUGGACUCCCUGUCCGGCCGCCUGCAGCCCCUCAACCCCUCCAGCGGCCGAAAGGGUGGCCCAGCCGGCCCCGGUCCCUACGGAGGCCAGCACCUCUCUGCCUCCACGGAGAUGGGCAGGUAUAUGGUCCCCAGAUCAGAGAAGCAUGGUAGCGGCACGGACAGCGACUAUGACAACACCCAGACAUACGACGUCUCAUUGGGGGCGGGCCGCAGUAGUGAAGAAGAGGGCCGCACCGACGUGGAUGAGGGGGAGGGGGGCGAGCCUGACCCUACGCUGCCCUGCACGGAGGACGUCAUCAUGAAGACGGAGCAGGUGACCAAGAACAUCCAGGAGCUGCUGCGAGCCGCCCAGGAGUUCAAACAUGACAGUUUCGUCCCUUGUUCUGAGAAGAUACACACAGCGGUCACAGAAAUGGCCUAUCUUUUCCCUAAGCGACCUGCUCUGGAUGCGGUUCGCGGCUCCCUACGCCUCCUGCUGGCCAGUGCGUCGCGGCUGCAGGUAGAGUGCCGCAAGGCCGCGCCCUCGGACCCCUCCACCGUCACCGUGGACUACCAGCUCCUUACGCAGCAAGUCAUCCAGUGUGCCUACGACAUCGCUAAGGCCGCCAAACAGCUGGUCACCAUCACCACCCGAGAGAAGAAGCAGUAGUGGGGGGGGACGGGGGAGGGAGGGGUGACCAGAAGGAGAGGUGGAGAGGAGAGGAGACUGACAGAGAGAGGACUGCUGGAAGAGAGGAAAUAGAGAUGGAUGAAGGAAGGCACUAUGGGAGGAGAAAAGGACUGGGAAUGGUAGAGGGAGAGAUGAAAUAGCAUCCUGAAUGGGAGAGAGAGAGAAGAGGGAUGCACAGUGUGGGAAAAAAAGGAAAAACCUAAUCAUGACGCUAAAUGCAGCUAUCACUACGGAUCAUGGGGUGGGGGUGCGGGUGGGAGAGGCAGCAGACCGCCGGUGGAGGCACACAAGA